AUGGGUAAGAAAGACAAAAGCUACAAAAAGAAGGCUGCAGCUUUUGAAGAUCCCAUUGAUGAUAACGACGAAGACGAGACUGUCGAUGUUUCCAUUCCUAAAGCUGCCAGUAAAAAAAUCAUCGAUGGUGUAGAGUGUGAUGAAUUUGGAGCUAAAGAUUACAGGCCUCAGCUUCAAUUGAGACCUGACCAUGACGCUAGACCCUUGUGGGUGGCUCCUGAUGGUCACAUUUUUCUUGAAACCUUUUCACCUGUAUAUAAACACGCUCAUGAUUUUCUUAUCGCUAUUGCUGAGCCAGUUUCUCGGCCAGAACAUGUCCAUGAAUACAAGUUGACAGCUUAUUCUCUAUAUGCUGCUGUAUCCGUAGGCUUACAAACAGAUGAUAUUAUCGAAUACUUAAGAAGACUUUGUAAAACUACCAUUCCAGAGGGUAUUGUUGAAUUUAUUAAGUUAUGUACGCUUAGCUAUGGAAAAGUUAAGUUGGUAUUGAAACACAAUCGUUAUUUCGUUGAAAGUCCACACACACACAUUUUGCAAAAGCUUCUCAAGGAUCCGGAAAUACAGAAGUGUCGUCUAAGACGGGAUACAGAUGAAGAAGAGUUCAUCCGAGAAUCUCACAAAAAGUCUUCUGCGAUUGAAGUUAUGAAUAGCAAGUCAGGGGAUAAUGGAAAGCCAGAGAAUGGAGAAACAUCUCAAAAUCCUCAAUCCGCUGUCCCUGAUGAUAUUUAUAAUUUCAUUGAAAAAAUGGAAGUCGAUGAAGAAGAUGACGAUGACAAUGAGACUCUCCAAACUGUUUCCUUCGAAGUUAAGCAAGAAGAAAUUGAAAACCUGCAAAAGCGAUGUAUCCAACUUGAGUACCCUCUCCUUGCUGAAUAUGAUUUUAAGAACGACACUGUAAAUCCAAAUAUUAAUAUAGACCUCAAGCCUUCAGCUGUUCUUCGUCCCUACCAAGAAAAAAGCUUGCGUAAAAUGUUUGGUAACGGUAGAGCUCGAUCCGGUGUUAUCGUAUUGCCUUGUGGAGCUGGUAAAUCUCUUGUUGGUGUAACUGCUUGUUGUACUGUUCGAAAAAGAUGUUUAGUCUUGUGUAAUUCUGGUGUUUCCGUUGAACAGUGGAAAGCUCAAUUCAAAAUGUGGUCAACUGCUGAUGAUAGUAUCAUCUGUAGGUUUACUUCUGAUGCCAAGGAUAAACCUUUAAACUGUGGUAUUUGCAUUACAACUUAUUCUAUGAUUACACACACUCAAAAAAGAAGCUGGGAAGCCGAACAAGUAAUGAACUGGUUGAAAGAACAAGAAUGGGGAAUGAUGCUUCUUGAUGAAGUACACACCAUUCCAGCCAAAAUGUUUCGAAGAGUUUUAACCAUUGUCCAAGCUCAUUGUAAACUUGGUUUGACUGCAACCUUAGUCAGAGAAGAUGACAAAAUUCAAGAUUUAAAUUUUCUUAUUGGACCAAAACUUUAUGAAGCCAACUGGCAUGAAUUGGAAUCUCUCGGGUAUAUCGCUAAAGUACAAUGUGCCGAAGUUUGGUGUCCAAUGACGCCAGAAUUUUAUCGAGAAUAUUUAGCUACUAGAACAUGUAAAAAGAUGCUUCUUUAUGUAAUGAAUCCGAACAAAUUUCGUGCCUGUCAAUUCUUGGUUCGUCAUCAUGAGAGGCGUAAUGACAAAGUCAUUGUAUUCUCUGAUAAUGUGUUCGCCUUGAAACACUAUGCUAUCAAAAUGAACAAACCUUACAUUUACGGUCCAACUUCUCAAGGAGAGAGGAUGCAAAUUUUACAAAAUUUCAAGUACAAUCCGAAAGUCAACACGAUAUUUGUCUCUAAAAUUGCUGACACUUCUUUCGAUCUUCCGGAAGCUAAUGUACUAAUUCAAAUAUCUAGUCAUGGUGGAUCAAGAAGACAAGAAGCCCAACGUCUUGGUAGAAUUUUAAGAGCUAAAAAAGGAGCUAUAGCUGAAGAUUACAACGCUUUCUUCUAUUCUCUUGUUUCUCAAGAUACUCUUGAAAUGCAUUAUGCUCGAAAACGACAAAGUUUCUUGGUCAAUCAGGGUUAUGCUUUCAAAGUUAUUACCAAACUAAAGGGAAUAGAUGAAGAGGAAUUGCUUUACUCAAAUAAAGAUGAACAACAACAACUUCUUCAUCAAGUAUUGGCUGCAAAUGAGUCUGAAGCAGAAGAAGAAAAGGUUCCUGGUGAUCCAUUCGCCAAACCAUCUGGAUCCCAAGCAACUCGACGAGUUGGGAAUAUCGGCUCAAUUUCGGGAGCUGAUGAUAAUGUUUACAUGGAAUAUAAAUCUAAAGCUAAAAAUUAUGAAGCCAGGCAUCCAUUGUUUAAGAGAUUCCGCAAAUAA